AUGGUGUCAAAUAUAUUGUCAAUUGCACUGAGUGCAACAUUAAUUGCAACAAUUUCACUUGAAGUAAUAAGUCAAAUAACGAAUUUAAUAACUAUUGGUACAAUUGUUCAAGAUUUUAUGAAUGAAGAUGAUAGAUUAGAUAAAAAAAUACAAGAUAUUUAUGAUAUGUCCAAAUUGAUAACAGAAGAAAUUGAUCAAAUUACAUGGGAAGACGAUCGUAUUCUUGAAUAUUUAUUGACGGAAAACAGGCGUUCAACAUUAGUGAAUAAAUAUGAAGAAAUAAAUAAAUAUACAAGUAAAAUUAAAUUUUUACAUGGACAAACUGUCAAAUGGUCAAAAGCAUUAAAAGAUAAAAAAAAACUUGAUCUUAAAGAUAAAACAACAGAUAUGAUAUCUCUUGAUGAAGGCUAUCCAUUGACAACCCUUUUUUAUUUGUACGAUAUAUUCUUUCCAUCUACAAAUGAAUAUACUUUUUUAGAUAACUGGCAUGCAUUAUUGGAGAACAAUAAUUCUACACUUUGUGAUAUUGAAAUAACACCACACCAUGAAUUAUUUUCGCUUUAUCAUAAGCUUGUAUAUGCAGAAAUUCAAGGCUAUGCUGCAAUGGCAUUUGCAUAUAUAUGGAAAUCGAGUUUCACUAAUUUUAAUUACACUGAUGAAGUAAUUUUUGAAAAAAAGGAAAGAGAACGAACCAUUAUUAAAUAUACUGAAUUAUUUGAACAUAAAAUGAAAAACUCGAGGAAUUAUAUUCGUCGGUGUAAUGCUAAAAACGAUGAAGCUGAAAGAAUAAUUGGUAAUAAAACUUAUGCUGCUUUUGAGAAUCAUUUGUAUUAUUUCGUGGAAUACCAAAAUUUACUAGACCCAAAAUGUCAAAGUGAAUGUGAUCUUAUUCCACGUAAUACACGCUUAUGCAAAUUGCAUGGUAAGAAUUGCAAUAGUAGUGAUCAUACUUAUGAUAAAAUCUGUCCUGGUUGGAUCAACAAUUGUCGAAGAUACGGAAAGAAUGCUCAAGUUUGUCGAAGAAAUGAAGAUGAUAAUUCGAGUAAUAGAAAUUAUUAUUGGAUGAAAAAUAUCAGUGAGACAAUCAUAAGUUUUGGGAACACAAGUCGUCCAUGUAAUUUUGAUACGUAUGAUUGGUUUCUAAAGGAAAUCACGGUUGUCGAUACGACAGAGUGUUAUCCUUGUCUUUGUCAAUGCACAGAUGACCGUAUUCAUACUAAUAGUCAAACAAUUCGAGCAUUCAGUUUUCUAUGGUCUGCAACAAGUGUUGAUAUGGUAGCAACUGGUGCAAGACUUGUUGCAAAAGAUAGAAUGAUUCAUAUUCAACUCCGAGAAGCUAAACUUUUGCCUUUUGGAAAGAUCGAUAAAAAAAGUGAAAAAUGGGCACCUUUACCAAUAUUUGAAUAUAAAAAUUUCUUCCCCUAUCUGGCUAUUUACCCAAAUGGAACGAGAUAUAAGUUGAAACGAGGUAGAGAUUUUGGCAUAGUCGAAGAAGAUAAAAUCUGUUUAAAUAAAGUGACAUACAUUGAACAAAAUCUAUUAAUGCUGGACGAUAAACAUGUGUUGGCUGCUGUAAGAUUUAACCGGAAAUCGGGAAAAGGUUGUUUUGACCUUGAUGCAAAGUAUAGCAAAUUUAGUUACCAAUAUGGCUUUGUUACUAUUGAAAAAUAUUCUGGAAAGGAAUCGCAAGAACCAAUGUCCGAAAUAAUUUUAAACCAUCCUGAUGACCCUCUGAAAUUUCAAUCAAAUACUUAUGACUCGAAAGAAAAUUCUUUUAUCCGAAUAAGAUCAUCAGAUUUAUUAAAAGAUGCGGGACAAACAACAAUUCCAUAUUUUGAUCUUUUAGAAGUUGCUCCUAAAUACAGUGCACCACUUGCUGGAAUUGAAUUAUUUCACAAAGGACAACUUGAUGGAUCAUCAGGUGGUUAUAUCGCCUUAAAAAUUUAUCCGAUUGAUUUAUCUGAGUAUAUGAACUCAUUAUCAUUUAUUGACGAUUUGAAUGAUGAUUUUUAA